AUGUCCAGGCCCUCCCGACCCACCGCCGCCCCCGCCGGGAGCCCCUGUCGCCCCCGGGGCUCCUCAGCCCCACACAGACAACGGGCCCCGCCGCGUUACCCGUCCGCGCCGGCGGUAUUACGUCACCACGGAGCGACGGCUUCCGCCCCGCCCCUGGGCUCGUCUUGCGUCGGCCGGACCCCAGCGCGAGCACGAGCUCGGAGGCCGGCGCGCUCGCGAGGGAGGAAGGGGCGGGGCAGGGGCGGGGCUAGAGAAAGGGGUCGGGCCAUGAUGGCGCGCGGCCCGGCGCCCUCAGUGACAGCUGGGCGGGCGUCCCGGGCCGGGCGCUACGGUGAGGAGGGAGCGGCGGAGGCGACCUCCGGCCCGGCCCUGCACCAGCGGCCUGGCAGGCGCGACAUGAGCCUGAUCAUCUUGUACGUCUCCCUUCUCUUGUAUAGAAAAUCUGCCAAGACUAGGAGGGUAACCCAGAGGAAGCCAUCUUCAGGGCCUGUCUGUCGGCUAUGCCUUCAAGAACCUGGGGAUCCUGAAAAAUUAGGGGAAUUUCUUCAGAAAGAGGAUCUUGGCGUGCAUUAUUUCUGUCUUAUCCUAUCUAGCAAGCUGCCUCAGAGGGGCCAGUCUAACAGAGGUUUCCAUGGAUUCCUGCCUGAAGACAUCAAAAAAGAGGCAGCCCGGGCUUCUAGGAAGAUCUGCUUUGUGUGCAAGAAAAAGGGAGCUGCCAUCCACUGCCAGAAAGAUCAUUGCGUCAGAAACUUCCAUCUGCCUUGUGGCCAAGAAAGGGGUUGCCUUUCACAAUUUUUUGGAGAGUACAAAUCAUUUUGUGGAAAACAUCGCCCAACACAGGACAUCAAACGGGGGGACAUGGGGGAGGAAAGCUGCGUCUUGUGUUGUGAAGAUUUAUCCCAAGCGAGUGUUGAAAACAUCCAGAGCCCGUGUUGUAGUCAAACCAUCUACCACCGCAAGUGCAUACAGAAGUAUGCCCACACGUCAGCAAAACAUUUCUUCAAAUGUCCACAGUGUAACAAUCGAGAAGAGUUUCCUCAAGAAAUGCUAAGAAUGGGAAUUCACAUUCCAGACAGAGAUGCCGCCUGGGAACUCGAGCCAGGGGCUUUCUCGGAGUUGUAUCAGCGCUAUCAGCAUUGUGAUGCCCCCACUUGUCUGUAUGAACAAGGCAGAGACAGCUUUGAGGACGAAGGGAGGUGGCGCCUCGUUCUUUGUGCUACAUGCGGAUCCCACGGAACCCACAGGGACUGCUCCUCUCUUAGAUCCAACAAUAAGAAAUGGGAGUGUGAAGAGUGUGCACCUUCCGCUUCAACCACAGACUACACACCUGGAAACUCAAGUGACAUCCCCUGCUGUAGCAGCACCUUCCACCCCGAGGAGCACUUCUGCACGGACCCCAGCCUGGAAGAGAACCCAGGCCCUUCUUGGACUGACUGGCCAGGACCUUCCUUAUUAGAAAAGCCAGAAUCCUCUGGCAGCAGGAGGAGCUGCUCCUGGCGGUCCAAGGGUGUCAGAAUCACUAAGUGCUCCAAAAAAAAGUAGCAGCUUCUGAUUUGUCACUGCCAAGCACAGUUGAGUAUGAAGCUUCACUCCAUUGGGUUUGGGGGAGGGAGCACUUUGGGGCUAUGAGACAAGAAAGGGGGGCCAGCAGUAAGACCUGGAGCUAUGGGAAGAGAAGCCCGGGGAGGAUGGGUCCAGAGGCCAACAGCGGAACACGUUUGUGGCAACGAGAGCACCUCCACUCUCCUCUCCCUGAUUCCCAGAUGGCCUUUCUUCUUCUCUUCUUCCACCAAGAUUCUUCCACCUUCAUCUGGUUCUCAUAUGCCUCUUCUUCCUUCACUCACGUUUUUUAUGUAAAUAAACGU